AUCGACGGAGGCUCCAGAAGUAAACCAUCAACAUGUCGACAAACGCGUCUUCGCAGUACAACUCGUAUGCCAUCCCGAACUCGGUGCUUAUCAAAGACCUCAAGCUAAUCAAGCAUCCGGAAGGAGGUUAUUUUGUUGAGACAGACCGUCAAGAAGAACAAGUCCCAUCUCCGUUCGCGAACGGAGCACCGCGCCCCCUGUCGACGACUAUCCACUAUCUGCUCACCCCAGAUGAGGCCAACGGCGUGUUCCACAUGAAUAAGUCUGCGACGAUGCACGUUCUCCAUCAAGGCCGUGCAGAGUACACUCUAAUCACGCCCGGAAGCCCUCCCACCAUUGAGAAGAAGGUCAUGGGCCCGAACGUGCACGCUGGCGAGUUACUGCAGCUGCUCGUUCCUACGGGCGUCUGGAAGAUGUCCCGUCUUCUCCAGGAAGACCUCGACGCGGCUUCCUCGAGUGCUUCACAGGAGCGGUGCGGGUGCCUCAUUACCGAGGUCGUCUUCCCGGGCUUCGCCUGGGAAGACCAUGGCUUCCUGACAUGCGCUACGUUCAAAGCACUCUGGGACGGCGCUGUCCCCCCCGAGGCGCAGUAUCUCAUUGAGUAUGUAAAGAAGGACUAGGGUAGAGUAGGCUGUUUGACGGCACAAAUCCCUGAAUGAACGCCGUAUCUCAUAAUAAC